AUGAAUCAAUUCGUUUUAGAGAAAUUUCAGGCUAUUUCACCUGGUUUUCGACAAAAGGCUUUACAAUGGACGGUAAACUUUACGAAAAUUCUGUCUGGCUUUCUAUAUAUUGCGUUCGUCGUUCUGUGGAGCAUCACUGCUGCUCUCUUUCGACGCGUCCUCUUGCCCGGAUUCUUUAUUUUUCGAACAGUUUCUUUUUUUAUCAUUAAAGCUGCCUCCAUGCUACUUUUGAUCAUUGCUGAUCCUGCCAUUCUGAUGAUUCAAUCUGUAUAUUGGUACUUUAUACGUGCGCCAGCUCGCUUUAUUCUCAUGGUGGGUGUGACCCUUUACCCAUUGUAUGUUUUGCUAUCGUGGGCUGUCUUUCUUGGAAUCCUUACUGGUUUUCUAUUGCAUACGAUAUUUACGGCCCUGGAUUCCUACGUUGCUCCCAGCACAGAAGAAGAUUCUCAAAUGCAGGACCUUCCUAUUAUAUCUCCUUUUACCUCUAGUUUGUUUAACUUGCGCUCCAAUCUCGAACCUCCAUGUAAACCUGCGGACUCUACCAAGUCAAAAGUUACAGCCUCGAAUCUGAAAAAAACCGAAUCUUCCGUAUCAUUGAAUGGAAAAGAUUUCAAGAACCAAAGUUCGCCUCAAUCAUCAGAGAAAUAUGACAAAGAAGAUUCAAAGGUACCUCCAGUCGAAACAAGAAUUAUCGCCGAAUUUCCAAUUCCUCAGCCUGCUAGAAAACGUAAGCACCGUUCAAAAAAAUCCACUGGAAGUGCAUCGAUAAAUCCAUAA